AACCCUCUCUUCCUUUCAACAGGAGCGACUGAGCAUAUCAGUUUCAUUCUCGUUCUCUUGCUAAUCUUUCCGCCUCCAACCGCUCGACUGCAGCUCCUCCUCCACCCUCCUUGCCGGAGACGGGAGAAUCACCGGACCAAACACCUUGAACAUUUUUCAACAUCCUUCACCGCCUAUUAUAAAAGGUCAGAUAAUUGCUCAAGUGAAAGCUCCAGAAAUGGGUUCCAUUUAGAUUUUUUUUCUUUUCUGUUGGAUUAAAGUAGUCUUUUUUGCUGAAAUGAGCUUGAUUUUAAGAUUAAGUCAUCAUUUAACAAGUGGGGUUUCUAAAAAACCCUUAUUUUCUCCAUUGGUUCAAUUGAAUUUAGUGAAUGUGAAUGGGGUGUUGCUGUCUCGGGGCUAUGCUCAAGCUGCAAGGAAAGAUGAGGAAGAGGAAGAAGAGGUAGAAAUUGAUCAGAGGAGGCUCCCAGCUGAUUAUGAUCCAGCGACUUUUGAUCCUACUGAGCAUCGCAGUCCUCCUACAGAACGUGUGUUUAAGCUUGUUGAUGAAGUUGCUGGACUCACGUUGGUCGAAGUUGCUGAACUAAGUUCCAUUAUAAUGAAGAAAAGGGGAAUGACAGAACUGCCGACUGUUGGGGUUUUGAAGGGUGGUGCUGCUGGAUUGGCUGGAAUGGCAAUGAAGGCACCAGCUGCAGCAGCUAAGGAAGAGAAGAAACCAGAGAAGACUGUGUUCGAACUGAAAUUGGAAUCGUAUGAAGCAGCUUCAAAGAUUAAGAUAAUUAAGGAGGUAAGAAGUUGUACUGAUUUGGGUCUUAAGGAAGCCAAGGAUUUGGUAGAGAAGACACCAUCAAUUUUGAAAGCAGGUGUAUCAAAGGAAGAAGCUGAGCAAAUAAUUGAGAAAAUGAAAGCUGUUGGGGCCAAAGUUGUAAUGGAAUGAGUAAAAGCAUUUUUUCGACCUAUAUCUGGGAGGUUCACUUGAGAAUGUGUGGGCAUCUGUGGUUGUUUUAUUCCAUGUUCUUUUAUUACAUGAUUGGAAGAAAGAAAACUACAAGCAGCCCAUAACAUUGGAUGUUGUUUUUGUUCUGCUUCUGAUGUUAGAAAUCUAAUAAAAAGGAAUAGCUUCCUGUCACUUAUUUUUAACUUCA